UGCAUCGACGAACAUUUAUCCAUUAUGUAGGCCAAGGCAACGUACGUGAUACUGAUAGUGGAUACAGACCUGCCUCUGCAAAGAUCGAGCUGUAAAGCCCCUACUUUCUUUUCUUUUCUGCGUUGUUUUUCCUUCCUGACCAGGAAGUUUAUUGAUUUGUGAAGGUAUAAGGUGUGUCUUUGCAGGUAAAUUGCUGUUCUGCGAGCUUUUUUUUCGGCCAUGUGCAAAUAUUACAAUAAAUCCCCAGGCUUGCCAUUACACUACACACGAAGCAGUUUUCAUGGAUCAUUCCAUUUGGCGGAAGAUAGGGGUGUCACCUAUUGCAAGACCGUUCGUCGGUCUUCGUUUUUCGCCCUGCUAUGGUUGUACCAGUUUUUGUAUUGUUCGCUGGAAAAACUCUAUUGUGAUCUAUCCGUGUUGAGCUGGAGGAACCUACAUUCGCACCAUCAUUCUGUUGUUCAACAAGUUAACGUUCAUUUUUUCCAGGUCUCUUUAGGUUUGAUGCCAAGAAUAGUGUUCUGCAGUGUCAGUCUAGUUCCCGUACUUACCAAAGCUGUUGCCAUGACUGCUGUGAACAUGUGAGGCACAGAUUGUUUUUUGGAAGUCUGGGGCCCUGCCAUGCUUCUACAGCCAUGAGUCAUCCCUUGCAAGGAUUUCCAUCGUGAGAGCUUGGACAAAACAGAUCUACAAUGGAGGCAGAUUCUACCUGUGAGAGGACACCGGAAGACUUUGCCAAAACCCCAGGUGACAGUGUCUGUGCAACAACCUAUGUAUCAAACAGUUGCUUAGACGGCACUGAGGCAGAUGAAGAAGAGGAUCAGCCUGCUGACAUUGGCAACGAUGGUAGAGCCACAGUGUCAGGCAGUAGUGGGUCGAAUUCUGAAGCCAUGUGCACUAUUGAUUGCAAUCAACGAGCCAUGCAGGUCUCAGCAUUAGAUUCUCUCGUUGAUUCAUCAUGCAGUGAAGCCACAAACGAGGCUGAUACUGCCUCAGCCCGGGAACCAAGUGAAGAUAUCAUUUUUACCUCAGAUGAAACUGAGAACAGUGUGGAAACCCAUGCUUCAUCCAAGUGCCUCCUCAAAGAUGACAUCAGCAUUGCCUUGACAGAUGUGUCAGUCUUGGAGCCUCACAAGCAGUCAGGAAAAGGAGGAAAUCGAGCAAUGGUCCUUUCCCAAAAGAUAGAGGGUUCCCAAGCUAAAGGAGAGUGCCAAACCUCUGAAGGUACAUUGUCAGGAAGAGAGUUACCCACUUCAGAAGGUUCCCAAACAACAGAGAAUCUUAGAACUUCACGAGAUAACCAAGCUGUGGAAUGCUCCCAAGCUGCAGAAGGUACAGAAGCCAUCACAAACUCCCCAGCUAUGGAUUGUGCCCAUGCUACUGAAGGGAGUCAAUUUACCAGAGACCAAAACUCUAAAGUAGGUUCUCAAGAAUCAAAAGAUUCACAAGCUACACAGGAUGCCUGCGGUUUAGAUGUCACAAAGAAAUUUCAAGCUCACAGGAGCUCUCAGGCUACAGGUGGUUCCCAAGCUGUGGAGAGUUCUGAAGCUACAGAAGGUUCCCAAGCUGUAGAAGACAUCCAUGCAGGAGAAUUUUCACAAGAUGCAGAAGGAUUUCAAGCUGGAAGAGGAUCCCAUCUCGCAGAAAAUUCUCAAGCUACAUGUAUAAAAUGCCCCAAUAAUACAGAAGACCUUCAGGCUUCAGUUGAUCCAUCAUUGCAUUCACUUUACUGUGUUUCAACAGAAAAGGGGCACACACCUUUCAUUGUUGAUAUGACCACAACGCCAGCCACCGAAAUGCCCAUUGACACUCCAGAUUGCCUGAAAGGAAUCCCACAUGACUCAAUAACAGACGUGAAUGCAUCGGCCGAGCUUGUGGAUGAAGAAGACGACCUUUAUUCUGAGAUCAUUGCAACAACUACCAAAGUAAAAAUUCUGAAGAAGUAUUAUGGGGAUGUGACAAGACCUGGUAUAUGCCAUCGGCCACAUCCUAAGAGAUACUACGGGUCCUUUGAGUGCGAGGAGUGCCUCCGUUCAUUCUCCUAUUUACCAUCUUUGUUGUUCCAUAGGAAUAGACAUGGCAAGAGGUGCCAUGUGUACAGCUGUUCCAAGUGUACCUACAAAUCCGUCCUCCCAGGUGCCUUCACGCGGCAUGAGCUCCUGUGUCACUCAGACCAGCUCUUCCGAUGCCAUGUCUGCGAUAUCACAUUUCUGCAGAAAAGCACACUGCGCAGACAUAAGUCAGCCAGUCAUGGUCUCCAACAUGCUGCUGUGCCAGGCCAGGGGCAUCCAGUUAAUUAUGCGUGUAAUCUUUGUAAAGGCGUGUUCUCCAGUCAGGUUGCAGUGAAGAACCACUUGCAGCUUCAGCAUGAGAUUGCUGCAUGCCCUGGCUUAAUCAACAGCCACUCAGCCACCCAAGCAGAUGAUCCUGUGUCUAGAUACUACCACGAAGUUCCCUGUUGCCCCGCCAAAUCCAGCCAGCUUUUCCAGGCGAUAGAUGAAAUACGGUGCAAGAAAUGCAAGCUUGUGUUUCCUAAGCAGGGUAUGGCUUUCGUUCAGCAUCGCCAAGCAAGUGAUGCAUUGGCUAAGACACACUGUAAGUGGUGUAAGUACAAAGGUACUUCUCCUUGCCAGCUUGCACGCCACAAAAGAGUGGUCCAUUUCUGGUGCUUGCUCUGUGAUUGCCGGCUUGCAAACAAAGAGCUGUUAAAACUACACACUAAGCUUGUUCAUUAUGGAUUUAAGAAAAGGGAAGGCUUUGCCAAAGGAGCCAUGUCACCAAAGGGAUCAAAGGAUCAGCGUCAUGCAUCAUGCCAGCAUGAACAUCAGUGUCUGAAAUGCCUGAGAACAUUUUCCUCAAGCAAGCAUUUUAAGCGGCACAUGAAAGAACUCCAUGAGGAAGAUGGGAAUUCACAAGUUGCAGCAGAUGCAGAAGUUGUACAUCACUGGUACUGUACUACAUGCAAUGUAAUAUUUCCAACCAAGAGACUGCUCGAGCUGCACGUCAAGCUCAAUCACCGGCCAAUGAAGAGGGCAGAAGCCAGCCCACUCCAGCGGCUUGGUCUAUCCAAGAAAGAUCAGGAAUGGCGCUGUCUACUCUGCAACACCUUGCACCCGACACUCCAGGACUGUGACAAGCACCUGAUUAUGCAUCACCCUGAUGAAUAUGAAUACUGCUGCCGAGAGGAGAUUGCUGAACCCACCCUACCUCUCCCUUCAUCCACAUUGUCAGAAUUAGGUCCCCCAUACACUUGCAACAUGUGUGACUGCAAGGUGACGUCUGUGGAAGCCCUGCACAAGCACAAGGAACAGUUUCACAAGCUGGCAUACAGCAUAUCGAUCAGUGACGAACUAUAUGCCAAGAAACGAAUGCAUAAAUGCAGGUAUGGGUGUGGCUUUACAGAUAGAAUGUACAGAAAUGUCACUCAGCAUCAGCUUGGCUGCAAGUUAAGGCCAGUACGCAAGUGCAAAGAUACAAGCCAAUCACCUACAGUGUUAGAUCCAAGCUCAGGAAAGGUGAUGUCUGAUGGCACUGCCAUCUCUUGCAUUGAAGAGACCCCCAAGCAGCUGUCAACAGAACAUGAAGCAGACAACACUUGUGUCAAAGAGUUGACUGGUUUUGAAGGAGCUCCUCAACUGGUUUGUAUCAACCAGGAUGUGAAUAUGGCAGCCUGUUCUGACAACAUUGCCACUCCAGGUGUUGCAGAGAGGCAGGAAGAGAUAGUCAUUCCUGUAUCAACCAAUCAACACCCUGCCUUUUCUGCACCAGUGUCAUCUGUAGAGUCUGGACUGAAUAAACCUAGGUGGUCAGCAACUUCGGGGUCUGACUCUACCUCAGGUGCCAGCCAGAAGGUCACCCAGUUUAAUGUCAUACGUCCACUGAGUAGGACUGAGCAUCCACAGAGUGUCAAACUGCCUGUUUAUGGCAAGCAUGAUCCAAUCAGCAGCAGCAGUGACAAUGAAAGUGAUUGCAGCUGGCUAGACAAGAGCAGCAGUUCAGAGGAGUUAGAGGAGGCAUCUCCAAGUGCAGACUCAGCUGCUGAGGUAGAGGCCAUAUCAAGCGAAGAGGAAGAUGAACAGGCAGGGUCUGUCCGGGAACCAUCAGUGUUGUCCUCUCAGAGUCAGGCUGCAGGACUUGUAGGGCAGGGUGUCCAAGGCAAAGCUGCUGGAAUUCCCUCAAAUCCAUGUCCACCAUUGCUACAGCCAAAUGUGCUCAUGAGGUUCUUCCAGGCUAUUGACAUGUCCGAUCUCUAUCGCCUCGCACUUCAGAUGAUCACUGGUUCCCCUCAACCACAUACCUUACCUGCUUCAGACCCAGCUAUGGUAAGUUCGAAGACAGCAAAGUUCAAGUACAAGAUUCCCCUCGGCUUCAGUCACCCAGAAUUCAAAGAGAUGCCACUCUUUCCAUCCUCGAAAGAAGUAAAGCGACUGGACUACCUGCAGACACUGCCAUCCUCACUUAUUUCUAAACACUACAAAGGCGUGCUAGCUAAGCCUUACCGCUCACACCUGUCCUCACUAGUUGACUCUGCAGUCCUCAACCAUUUGAGUGAGAAUACCAUUAAAGUUGUGGAGCGCUAUGUGAGGAAGCAACGGGUUGAUGAUCGUAAAGACAUCACCUUGAACUUGUCACAGUACAUUGUCUCUCAAUAUUUCAAGAAUCAGCAGAAGAAAAUUUCUGUCACCCAGCCCAACUCUUCCAAUCUUACUUCGGAGAACAGUCCUGGCGCAGGGCCUAGUGGGGCUCAAACAAAAUCCCCUACAAUUCGCCUGAUGAUCACAAAAACAACACGUAAUCCAGCCAUAGCUCCAGUCCUCACUGUCAAAAGUGUUGCCAUACAACCGUCUGUUUCUAAUGCUGGCUCUUCUCCAGUGGAAACAAAUCUUGUGCUUAACCGUACACUUCCUUUAACCAAGGAAAUGUUGAACAGAGGAUCUCCCACCUCUGUUGAUGGUAAUACCAAUAUUCCAGUUACAGCAACAGAUACAAAUGUGUCAGGUGUAGGCCAGACUAAGUCUGAUGACACUGCAGUGAGUGAGAAAAGUAGCCUGUUGUCUGAAGGAAAAAAAGAUGAAUUGACUCCGGGUUCUAAGGUCAAAAAGAGCGCAGCAGCACAUGAAAUCACUACAAAUAAACCAGCCCUUUACAAUGUGCCUGUAAGGAGAUCAACAAGAUUACUCAAGGGCACAGGAAAUGAACAGUCUUCAUCAAUAGCUGCCAAUGGUCUCAUUGACUCGGAAAAGUCUGACAUUUCACAAAAUCAAGAAGCCCAACCAAAGGGAAAGAAAGCAGAUUCAGUGAUGGAUGAUGAAGCAAACCGUUACACGUCAGAAGAAACAGAUGCUGAUCAAAGUGACCCAAAACAGGGCAAAAAACCAUCAAGUGAAGGUCAGUGUAAAAACAGCUUUUCGCAACUGACGAAUGAUAAGUCAGAUGAUAUAAACCCCAAGUCAAGGCCUAGGUCUCCAGAAUCACGGCCACAAUUAGGUUUUACAGGCAUCACAGACAUGUCAAGGGAGAGGCCAUCGGCUGAGAGUCAACCUCAGGAGGCCCCCACCAGUACAGUACUGCAUAACGUACACAAUACCAUGCUCCAGAUGGCACCAGAUGUAAGGUUCCCUCUGGUUCCGUAUGGUAACAAAUUGCUUGCUGACAGAAUUCUCAGUGAUACCAUUGAGAGAGAUGGCAUCCUACAGACCAGGAUGGCAGGACACCCUCUCCAUGGUGGCAAUGGUGGCACCAUGCCAAGACCCAUCAUCUCAAACACAGGCUGUGUCACUGGGCUUGGGAUUGUUCUUAAUGGCAAGAUGCACGUCAUGCAGACAGAACCUGCCAUCAAAGAGAUGAGCAGUCCUUGUGGGCAGUCCAUGUUACUUCGUAAUCUGUUACUGAAAGGUGUUAAGGAUGAAGACUGCAAACAGAGUCUGGCAAGCACAGAGUUAGGUCCUUUGGAUGAUCCUCUUCUGCAACAAGAUACUGACUCAGCUGCAAGCCAUGUACCUCGUGGGUAUGGUCAUUUGGCCAAAAGUGGCGUCUGCAGUUCGGCCAUCAGCUCUCUACUAAACAAGAUGCAUUUGACCCCGAGAGACACUUCAACCAAUCCACAGGUCCCUGCUACUGACCCGGGAAAUUCUGUCCGGCACAAGUGGAAGAAGGUAUUAAGUAAGCACGAUGCCUUGGCAGUGGUGACUAAGAAAAAAUCUUCAAGGUUUGCGCCAUAUAAGAAAAUACUUCAAAAGAUUCUGCUGCGGAAAGAUGGUAGGACUUCGAUAGCGACCAUAGAUGAGCUGCAGACUAGUGACUCUGAUGGAUUGCAUAAAGAGAAAGCUAUCUUAGACUCUGAAGAGAAGAGUCAGGUAGAACAUGUCUGUACACUUAGCAAAUCUGCCAGUGCAGGCAGCAGUCCUCAUGGCCAUCUGAGAUGCACACAUCAGACUAAGAAACACAGUGAUCACACUUACAGCUUUAGUAAAAUCAGUGGUAAGAAUGACAGGGAUACAAAAUUUAGUACUUCCUUGGGAACAACAAAACGACAGGCUACCCCAGAACCUGCUGACAUACCACAGAAGAAAAUGCGGGGAUCAGAGAGUUACUGUUGCACUGAGGAAACUCUGCCCAGUGGAUCUCUCAGUGCUCAUCCUGUACCUGGUGAACAGGAUGUACUGGCUGAGUCAAGUGGCGUUAUUUUGUCAAACCAGAGCAUACCUCAGUCCAUAGCAAAUACUGCACCUACAGAUGUUCAGUUAAAGUCCAUGAAAGAAGCACAGAAAGUAGUGAAAUCAACUCAGGAGAUGGUUGUACAAGGCCCUGCUUCACGAGAUUCUAAGAAUGGCAAAUUCAACUCAGAAGCCACAGAUGGAGGCAAGGGAUCUGUGGACAUGCCCACUCCAGAUGCCACAGAAGAAACAAAAAUAACAAGGAGGUCACUGCGUCUGCAGGAAGCAGAAAAGAAGAUGGAACUUGAGAUGUAUUACAAACCAAAAUUCAGUGAUAAAAACUGGAGGCAGGAAUUUCUUCAACGACUCAGUAAAACACCAGUGAUGUCAAAAGGAGCCCAGAAAGGAAGCAUUGGAAGUAACAAGACCAAGAGGGGCAGACUCCUAUUCCAACGCACGCAUCAUUACAUGGGUGGCAACUUUCAAAGGAACAGUCCCCGAAUAAAAGCCAUGCACCGGGUGGACUAUGCGUGCUGCUGGAAACUUCAUGAUGGCAUGAAACAAAAUCAAACUACCAGGGCAGAGGUUGUGCGAAGCAGUUCUCGAAUUCAAGCCAUGCCGAAGGUGGACUAUUCUUACUGCUGGACAAUGCAAGAUGGGAUAAAAGGAAACAAAGCCCCUGAUAAAAGAAAUGGGUCCAGGCAAGACUCAAUCCCCAGGGCAGAGAGCAUACCUGAGAGAAGCAGCUCUGAAAUCCAGGCUAUACCCAAUGUGGACUGUAUUUCCUUCAGAACAGCGCAAGAUGGAAUAAAAGGAAAUCAAGUCUGUUAUGCUGGAAACAACCCUUUCCCUGGACGGAGGGAUGGGAGCAUACCUCAAGGAAGCAGUUCCCAAGUCCAGUCCAUGCCCAAGGUGGAUUCUACUUGCUGCAGGAAAACUGAAAACGAAGUGAAAGGAAAUAGAGUCCCUUGUGUAGGAAGCCAAAAGGAUCUAGCACCUGACGAAGGCAUGUCCAGUGAAGAUGAGAAACUAAUGAGAGACAAAGAUCAGAAGGGCAAUUCUGAAAGCCAUCCUCAAAGUGAAGGUCAGUCUUACACCACAUUCCCAAAGCCACUUCAAGAACAGAUAGCAGCUAUGGGCCGCUGCUUUGUCAGAUUAAGUCCUGUCAGUGUUGACAAGGACCGCUGCCAUAACAAACAAACGCCAGUCAGUCUUGACAAGAGCUGCAUGGACCGAUGCUCUGUUAGACUCACUCCAAUCAACCUUGACAAGGACCAUUGCAAUGUUAGACAAAUGCCAGUCAUUGUUGAGAAAUGUGUAGAUCGCUGCUUUGUCAGACUUGCUCCAAUCAACCUUGACAAGAACUACCAGGACCUCUGCUCUUUAGAGGACAUUAAUAAGAGCCACAAGGACCUCUGUUCCUCAGAUAACAUUAGUAUGGACGUAGAUCCUUGCACUUUGGAAGACGUUGACAAGAACCACAAGAACAUCUGUUCUUCAAAAGGCAUUGAUGAGAAUUGUAAGCACCUCUGCUCCACGGAGGAUAUUGAUAAGGACAAGGAUCCUUGCUCAUUGGAAGACAUUGACAAGAACUACAAGGACUUCUGCUCUUCAGAAGGCAUUGAUAAGAACCAUAAAGACCUCUGCUCCUCAGAAGACAUUGAUAAGGAUAAGGAUCUUUGCUCAUUAAAAGACAUUGACAAGAGCCAAAAGGACAUCUGCUCUUCGGAAAAUAUUGACAAGAACCACUUUUACUCUUCAAAAGACUCCCAAGAAAACAUUGAUAAAAACGAGGCUCCUUGCUCUUCAGAAGACAAUGACAAAACCCACAAGGACUUCUCCUCUGCAGAAGACAUUGACGAGAACCGCAAGAAUCUCUGCCCCUUAGAAGAUGUUGAUGAGAACCACAAGGAUAUCUGCUCCCAAGAAAACAUUGAUAAGGACGAGGCUCCUUGCUCUUCAGAAGACAAUGACAAAACCCACAAGGACUUCUCCUCUUCAGAAGACAUUGACGACAACCGCAAGAAUCUCUGCCCCUUAGAAGACGCUGAUGAGAACCACAAGGAUCUCUGCUCCCAAGAAAACAUUGAUAAGGACGAGGCUCCUUGCUUUUCAGAAGACAAUGACAAAACCCACAAGGACUUCUCCUCUUCAGAAGACAUUGACGAGAACCGCAAGAACCUCUACCCCUUAGAAGACGUUGAUGAGAACCACAAGGAUCUCUGCUCCUCAGAAGACAUUGAUAAAAACAAUGUGGACUUCUGCUCUUCAAAAGAUGACAACAAUAAGGACCUCUGCAUGACGGAAGACAUUGACGAAAACUCCAUCUGCCCUUCAGGAGACAGUGACAGUUAACGUUAGGAUCCCUGCUCUUCAGGAGACAUAAAGGACCUCUACUCUUAAGAGGUCAUUGACAAGAACAAGGACCUGUGUGCUUCAGAAUACAUUGACAAGAACUACAAAGGCUUCUGCACUUCAAAAGACAACCCCAAAGGAGAGGGACAGGUGGCACAAGUACAUACCUGAACCAUCUUGAGGUGUCAUACAAGCACAAGUUAGAAAGCAGAAUUCCAGUGGUGAUCUUUAAUCAUUUUGUCAGCUCAUCAAAGGAUAGUUUGAAGCCCACACGUGGAGCCUUAGAGAGAAGUGGUUCUGCCAAGUUGAUGUUGAACAUUCUUUUGGAGGUUUUGAUAUGUGAUACUUCCUUUCAGUAAGUUUUGGGUUUGCAAAUUAAUUGUGGAGAGCCGGCCAUAUAGACUAUGCUUCUCCUGGCUCACAUGUGUUCCACACAGAGCAUUCAAGAGAUACAGAACAGUAAAUGUGUUUUGACUGGAGCCUUUGGCGUUUAUUUAGUCAUAACAGAAAGAAGCUGUCAGAGGCAUCAAGUUGCCAGUGUUGUAAUUGAGAGCAUCUCAAGACCCCACAGGACCAUUACAAGAGCAACACAAGACUCCUAGUCUGAAUUCAAAAGGAACAACAAAAGCAUCAGUGUGAAAUUAUUCAUCCAUUCACUUUGUACUUGCGAUUGGUCGUGUGACAGGUCUUGGGACUGGUCUUGUGUCUGGUCUUGAGAUGGUGUCAACUGCAACACUGUAAGUUGCGAAAAUGCACUGUACAGAUUUAUGUAUACCUGUAGAUUCACAGAUUCUUUGUGAGAGCUACUGAUGUGCUCUUUUGUUUUUAUUAUUGAAAAUGGUUAAAAAAAAUGAAUUACUAAACGGAAUCAAGUUGGUUUGAGAUAUACAUUAUAAUGAUUUUGUAUAAUUUUUUGAAUAAUAAAGAACAGUUAAUUUUUCCAUCAAAGCAGCAAUUGCAAAUUUAACAUUUUAUUUUGCGAUCCACAAAUGCAAAUGAUAAAUUAUCAACCGUAUUCUACUAGUCCACCAGGGAUGGACCAAUAUUGUUCAGAUGCUCAUAGAGGGGUAAAAUUAGCACAUGAUAUUUUUGGUGGUGUUCUAUUCUGUCGUGCUCUCUCAACUGUGCAAGUCAGGCGUCGUUUCUGUCAAUAGUUUUUGUAAAUUAUUACUCUGUGUCUACAGAAAAAUAAUGUAACUAGCUACUGUAAUUGAAAUAUUAGUGGAGAAACGCAGAAGUUAUUGGAAACAUUUCAUACUUCAGCAGAUGCCACUAAGCCCUUCUGUUGGACGUCUUGUAGUGGAGUAAGAACGUGGCGACUUUCAAAAGUUUUGAGAGUACAAAGUGGCGUGAAUGAAAGGAAAAGUAGAUUGUAGUGUGAUUGUAAGAUUGUUGUCUCUGAGCAUGGUCACAAGCUAUUCAAAUGAACCGUGACAGUAGCAUUCCGUUGGCAGUGUUCACCCUGGGAAUUGUGACUGGUCUUGUGAGAGAACUUGUGAGGGAAAAAGGCAUACACCAUACCUGCCAACAUUGACAAGUCAGAAAUCGGACCAUCCAUUGUAGGAGCCCAUAGCAAGCUGGGUGACGGAAGCUAUUUUACAGGAACAUGUACAUAAUACAUGCAUUAAGUACAUGUCUGUGUAAAAAUGGCCAUUGUAGUAUAGCAGAUAGCACCAGGGCUUUUUAUGGAAAUCAGAAGGUUCUACGUUCUGAUUUUAGGCCUUUGACAAUUUGAAAAAUAAGAACAGUUCCAAUUAAAUUGUAAGAGUUGGCGAGUAUGCUACAUGUAUGAACUUUUGAAAGUCGCACUUUGUUUAAGCAUGCUGGAAUGGGGCCAGCAGGAAAGUAUACAGGUCUUUUGUGAAACGAUCUUACCAUGGCCUACAAAAUGUUUACUCUCAUGGCAUUCCACUCUGCUCUGCUUGAAAUCUUCUGUUGAUUUCAACUGCUAAGUUGUUUCCUAAUGGUUCUAGGGCAAGUUCAAAGUGAUUGUUAAUAACAGCUACACUUUAUUUUCAAUAUCAA